AUGCACAAUUAUCAAGAUCAUAGUUAAAAAUUCUUUUAUGAAUUGUGGAAAACUGGUAACAGAAUACUGUGCUAAGGAAAGUUGUUAAUUGGUUCUGAAAAUCAUAAAUUUAUUGCAUCUAUUGUACUAAUUACUAUACCCACAGUUUUGUAUUAUGUGUUCAUGGCACCUGUAUUAAAAUAUCAAUACUUAGGCAUUGUGAUCAUUUUUAUAAUUCUGAAUUGUCUAGUUUAUAUUUUCAUCACUAUUACAGUACUAAUGGAUCCAGGUAUUAUCCCCAAAAUAACUACAAAUUAUGAAAUGGAUGAAUAGCUAAUUUUAAUUCCUUAAAAAUAUUUGAAGGUUGAUCCCCAAGUAUUAUUUGAAUCCAAAACCCUGUAAACGAGAGGACAUCAAUUUAAAUUGAAAUUUUGUAACACAUGUGCCAUUUAUCGACCUCCUCGAGCCUCACAUUGUCCAGCAUGUGAUAAUUGUGUAUUAAGAUUUGAUCAUCAUUGUCCUUGGAUUGGAGCCUGCGUUGGAAGAAGGAAUUAUAUUUAUUUUUAUCUCUUUAUCUUCUUUCUUUCUGCUACCAUGAUUUAUGUUUUUUCCACAUGUCUUGCAUAUAUCUUUGGAGACAUGAGUGAUGAUAAGGAUAAAGGAGAAUAGAUAAUAUCUACAUUGUCAAGAAAUCCAUACUCAUUAGCCUUAGCAAUCUAUUGUUUCAUUUUCUCCUUUUUUGUUGUUGGCUUGUGGGGAUUCCAUACAUUUUUAGUUAUAACUAAUAUGACCACAAAUGAAUACUUGAAGAAACAUUGGGUCAUCUAAAGUAAGAAUCCUUUUAGAAGAAAGAACAUCUUUAAAAAUAUCUAACAUGUCUUAGCUUGUAUCAGAGAAGUCAAGUUUUUAGAACUUCGUCAAUAUGUUUACGAUCCCAAGAGUUAUAAUCAACCUAUCACCUAAAAUCAAAUCAAUGAGAAUGAAAUUGAAAAUUUAAAUGUAGUAUGCGAUAAUCAAAAUAAUGUUGCAAGAAGAUUGUCAAAACAAACUAACGACCAUAUGGAAGAGCAAUGA